AUGAGUGAGAAUUAUCAAAAUUUGACUGUUGGCAACCAUGGAAAAUACGGCUUUAGUGACGAGCAUCAAAGCAUUAUCUUCUUGGAUAAUGAGCCAGAAGUUUCUGUUGCAGAACAUAAUGAUCAAUCUUCAUAUGAGGAAACUUGGAAAGCUUCAAAGAAGUCCUCUAAUGACAUGAGUAACGUACAUAUGACAAAUGAUGCAGAGAAAACAAGUCAUUAUGGAACUUUAUCAACAGCUGUUAAUAUCAGUGCCCAGGCUAAUCUGCUUACUGCAAAAAGAACCGACAAAUGUGGUAUUUGUGGCAAAUUGCUUGCUAGGUCAGGUGAUCUCAAAAGACAUAUCUUCAUACACACCGGGAAAAGACCUCACAAAUGCGAUAUUUGUGGGAAAUCUUUCGCUUUGUCGAGUAGUCUCAAUAAACACGUAUUCAUUCACACUGGAAAGAAACCUCACAAAUGUGAGAUUUGUGACAAAUCGUUUGCCCAGUCAAGUCAUCUCAAGACUCAAAUUCUAAUUCACACUGGAAAGAAACUUCACAAUUGUGAGAUUUGUGGGAAAUCUUUUGCUUUGUCUAGCAAUCUCAAUAAACAUGUAUUAAUUCAUUCUGGAAAGAAACCUCACAAAUGUGAGAUUUGUGACAAAUCGUUUGCCCAGUCAGGUCAUCUAAAGAAACAAAUAUUAAUUCAUACUGGAAAGAAACCUCACAAAUGUGAGAUUUGUGGGAAAUCAUUUAUUGUGUCAGGCGAUCUCAAGAAACACGUAUUAAUUCACACUGGAAAGAAACAUCAUAAAUGUGAUAUUUGUGACAAAUCGUUUGCCCAGUCAGGUCAUCUCAAGACUCAUACAUUAAUUCACACCGGAAAGAAACCUCACAAAUGUGAGAUGUGCGGGAAAUGUUUUACUUUAUCAAGCAGUCUCAAGAGUCAUAUAUUAAUUCACACUGGAAAGAAACCUCACAAAUGUCAGAUUUGUGGGAAAUCUUUUACUAUGUUGGCCAAUCUCAAGCAACACGUAUUAAUUCACACUAGAAUGAAACCUCACAAAUGUGAGGUUUGUGACAAAUCGUUUGCCCAGUCAGGUCAUCUUAAGACUCACACAUUAAUUCACAGCGGAAAGAAACCUCACAAAUGUAAGAUUUGUGAGAAAUCUUUUACUAUGUUAGGUGAUCUCAAGAAACAAAUGUUAAUUCACACUGGAAAGAAACCUCACAAAUGUGAGAAUUGUGACAAAUCGUUUACCCAGUCAUGUCAUCUCAAAAGACAUUUGUUAAUUCACACUGGAAUGAAACCUCACAAAUGUGAGAUUUGUGGGAAAGCUUUUGCUAGGUCAGGCGAUCUCAAGACACACAUUCAUAUACAUCAGAGAAAGGUCACACAAAUGUGAUACUUGUGGCAAAUGAUUUGCUAGAUCAGGUGAUCUCAAGACACAUGCAUUGGAACACAUUGGAAGGGGACCUCACAAAUGUGAUAUCUGUGACAAAAGUUUCACUCAAAUGGAUUUUCUCAAUACACAUACAUUACUUCACAUCAGAAAGAAACUACAAGUAGUUGUUAGUUUACGCAAAUAGAUUUUCCUGGUUGGUUCC